AUGUACGGUCUUCUACUACAAGCAGCUAUUGAAAUUAUAAGAGCCAAAUAUGGACAAGAAAUAUGGGAGCAAAUUAGAAAUACACUUAAUAUUGAGACGAAUUCAUUUUCGGUAUUUCAACAAUAUGGGGAAACAUUAUUUAUGCGAGUAACAAGAAACUUAAGUGAAAUUCGAAAUGAGCCAGUGUGCGAUCUUAUGAAUGUAUUUGGAACGGAAUUCGUUUCGUACAUUUCAAAUUAUGGCUAUGAUCGCGUCUUACGAAUUCUCGGACAUAAUAUGCGAGAUUUUCUCAAUGGUUUGGACAAUUUGCAUGAAUAUAUGCGUUAUACAUAUCCACGAAUGCGACCACCAUCAUUUUAUGUUGAAAAAGAAAGUGCCCAUGGUUUAACACUUCACUAUCGUAGUCGACGUCGAGGCUAUGUUCAUUACGUUAUCGGACAAAUCAUGGAGGUUGGUCGUCGAUUUUAUGAUACCAAAGUUCAAAUUGAAAUCAUUAGCGAACAAGAUGAAACUGAAUUAUCGCACGUUAUAUUAGAACUUAAAUUUGAAAAUACGGCAUACGUUCAACAUACAAUUGCUAAUAAACAAUCAAAUGAGCUUAAUUUAGCCAUAGAUUGUUAUGUUUUUUAUGAAUUAUUUCCAUUUCACAUAAUUCUAUCGGAUACAUUAGCAAUCAUUUCAGCUGGAGAAUCUUUAACACAAUUAUUUCCACAUAUUGUUGGUGAACUUGUUCGUGACAUAUUCACACUUGUUCGGCCAAGUGUAGCAUUGAAUUCGAUAGAAAUUGUGUCGCAUUCAAAUAAUGUUUUUGAAUUCGCAUCUAUUGAACCAUUGCACAAAUUUUUAAAUGACAAUGAACCAGAAACACAUGAGAAAAAAAGUGAAGAUACUUCGGAAAUGCUUUUAAGCAUAUCGGCACAUCAAGAAGUACACGAAGAAUAUUUACGUCUUCGCGGUCAGAUGCUGUAUGUAGAAGAAUGGAAACUAAUUAUCUAUUUGGCUACGCCAGUUCUUGAAAAUCUCGAUGUUAUGUUUAACACUGGUCUAUUUAUAAAUGAUUUGUCCAUGCAUGAUUCAAGUCGAGAUCUGGUUUUGGCUGGUACACAACAAAGUGCUGAACUUAAAUUAGCACUUGAUCAGGAAAAACAAAAAAGCAAAGCAUUAGAAGAUAGCAUGAAAAAAUUAGAUGUGGAAAUGAAACGAACUGAUUUACUUCUUUAUCAAAUGAUACCCAAGAAAAUUGCAGACCGUUUACGCGGUGGAGAAAAAGCAGCUACUCUUUGCGAGACAUUUGAAAGUUGCACAAUUUUAUUCAGUGAUGUUGUUGGUUUUACAACAAUAUGUUCGUCACUUACGCCGAUGGAAGUUGUAUCGGUACUCAAUGAAAUGUAUACAAAAUUCGAUAAAUGCUUAGAAGCACAUAAUUGUUUUAAAGUUGAAACAAUUGGCGAUGCUUAUAUGUUAGUUAGUGGUGUACCGGAACGUGCAAAAAAUCAUGCAGCAGAAAUUAUUGAUAUGGCAUUCGAUAUGUUGGAUUCAAUUGUUACGGUAACAAAUCCAACUAAUAAUGAAAAACUUAAAAUUCGUAUUGGUUGUCAUAGUGGUCCAGUAGUUGCUGGUAUAGCAGGUAUUAAAAUGCCACGUUAUUGUCUCUUUGGCGACACAGUAACAACGGCGAACAGAUUGGAACAAACUAGUAAAGCAUUGCAUAUUCAUGUAACUGAAGCAACAUAUCAAUUACUAGAACGUAAAAUAUACGACGUCCAAGAACGCCCGAAACUAGCGAUAAAUGGUGGUUUAACAGUUCCAACAUAUUUUAUAUUGAAUAAAAAAGAUCGUAGCGGCAAAGUUAUACAACGCCCAUUUCAAUCUAUAUUAAGCCAGAUGAAACGUGAAGAAACUGAAGAAGCAAAACUGAAACAAACAAAUAGUCUCAAAGGUGGACUUCCUCGAAAUUCAAAUUCAGCCAAGGCAAAAGAUAGCAGCGUUGUUCCAACAACAAUACCUGAAAGCGAGCGACAACUUGUACCACCUGAGCAUAAUGCAGUGCCAGCUAUUGUAAUCAAGAGCGACGACACUGCAACACAGGUAACACAAAAUACAACAGGCGGAAGUAAAAAUCUCGAUUGCCAAUCACUUCAAACAAAUGAAACUAUCAGUGAACCGAAUAAUUCAGCAAAAAUCCCUAGUAGAUCAGUACGUAGUAAAGCAUGCGCAGUUCUUUGA